GAAGAGAAAGAGAGAGAGGGAGUGAGAGAGAGAGAGAAAGAGAGAGAGAUAUCCUGAAAGAACGACAGGAGGGAGUGAACGAAAAAGAGAGGGGGAGAGAAAGACACAGUGUGAGGGAGAGAGGGAAGUAGCAGUUGGUGCGAGUGAGCGAGCAACGUGCUGGUGACAGAAAGACGGACGGACAGACGGACGCCGCUUCCCCUCCGCGCUCACGCCAGUCGGUCGCGCGUUACCAAGCCAAGUGGAUGGGUUCGCGAGUGCGCUCCCGCUGAAAAAAGUUCCUCUUGCCCGUCACGCUGCACGAGAGAGAAAGAGAGAGAGAGAGAAGAGAAAAAGAUAGAGAGGCCACACACAGUUCUCUCUCUCUUCCUACGCACGCACGCACGCACGCACGCACGCACGCAUACACGGUGUAUCCGCGCGUUCUCUCCCCGUCCCGUGGUGAACACGCGCGCCGCGUCUCGCUCGUUAACGUACGAAACCUGUGAGAGACGCUCUGUGGUCGCGCAUCGUGCCACCAGAGGACCAGCCCUCAGGAUCUCGAGGGAUCGGUCGGACGGAUUUAUAUUAUACCAAGUGCGCGCAGCCGCCCCACCGUUGCUUUCUCGUCGCGAAGGAGAUCUUUCGGAGCACUCGUCGCUUCGUUUUGACGACGGUCGAGAGGUCAGUUUAGCUGGAUACCACCUGGUAGCCAGGAGGCGAGUGAGAUAAAGACAGGUGGCACGGGAAGGUAGAGCCAGCAACGGUAAGCAGCGACCAGCACCAUGGGAGCGCGACAAAGCAAGAGGUCCGUGGAUAUAACGACGACGCCGAAGAAGGAGGGCUUACCUGCCGAAGGAGGCGUCGUCGGCGACGCGGCCGCACCUGGCGACGGCAAGCUCGAGAGGAUCGAGGAGGCCGACACGAAGCCUACCACCAAUGGCAUAGCGCCGCACACGGAGGCAGCCGAGGAUAAAGAGAAGGACAAGGAUGAGGCUACCGAGAAGGAGAACGAAAAGGAGAAGGAGCCGCAGGAGGAAGUAAAAGCCGAGGAGGCGAAGCCAGAGUCGACCGGAGAAUCUCCCGCGGAAGUCGCAGAGGUCACGACGCCCACAGAGGGUACUCCUGCCAGUCCGAACGCUGUCGCCUCUCCAGACAGCAAGGAAGCCAAAAAGAAGGAUAAGAAGAAAAAGUGGUCAUUCAGGUCGAUCAGCUUCAGCAAGAAGGACAAGACCAAGCCGAGCCGCGAUGAAACACGCAAGAAUGGAGACGUCCCCAUGGACGGAAACAUGUCGGUGCAAGAACCACUCGCGGAGGGUGGCGAAGAGGCCGAGAGCGCAACGGCGGCCGCGAGCAGCCCCGCGGAUGAGAAGUCAGCGGUGAGCAGUCCGUCGGCGGAUGAGCAGCAGGUAGCAGCCGCGCCGGUGGCAGCAGCAGCCGCGGCCACGUCGGCCGAGACGAAGGAAGAGGCCGCUGCGGCGUCGCCAGUAGCCGCCGCUAGUCCCGCCGAGGAACAGAAAGAAGAACCCACUCCCUCCGCCCCCACUCCCGUCCCGUCUGCCGAGGAUAAGAAAGAGGAGGCGGUCGAAAAAGUCGAGGCGGCCGAGAAAAAAGUAGUCGAGAGCGCUCCGGAAGCCGAGGCGCCGGUAGAAAACAACGUGGCCCAUGACGCCAGCACGACGGAUUGCAACGACGAACCUCCUAAAGUCGCACCACCGGCCGUCCCGACCGAGGCACCAGCCUCCCCGCCAACAGCUCCGGCCAUCACCGAGGACGUCGCCUCGGUCACCAAGGCUAUCGAGGAGAUUGACAUAAGUGAUAAGGCGGUCGCAGCGGCAGUGAACGAAGCUAUCGAAUGCAACACGAACGAAAUCAUCGCCGAUGCGCACCACCAAAACAACAUAAACGAAUACGAAUAAGCGCCACUAACUGAAUUGUAUUUUGGGAAGAAGAAAGUUCUUUUCUCUCGUUAAAACCAAAAAAGUAUAUUAUAUAGAUAUGUAUAUUUGGACCAUUCCUCCAACUAAACAGAAAAAAAAACGUUCUUUCGUUACGAGCAGCAAAAGGGGAAAACGGGGCGACGAUUACGACGACGAUGAUGACGACGACGACGAUGUUACCGCGGCAUCGCCUAUAUCGCAAACGAUAUAGACUCUAUAGUAGGCCUAUUAAAUAUUAGACGGCGUUUGACAGCAGGGUGAACGAGAAUACAUGCGAGAGAAUCUACGAUCUUAUUAUUUAAGAACGGGAUUAACGAGGUCGUGCACUGCGCGAACGUUCGAUUCUGAGGGGCAGCACACAAGGGGGUACCACAUACGCACACAUACACAUAUGAUGCAGUGAUGCAUACAUUCGUAUACAUUCACACAUGCAUACACCACACCACCCAAUAUGCCGUUUGCGCACAGAGUCUCUCACAGAGUAAACGACACUCGUUAUUCUUUGUGGCGCGCGGUCAGCGCAAAAGUGUCGAUUCUUCUUUGAGCCGUGCUCAACCGCGGGCUACAACGAUCGGCCCUGCUGUGUAGAAAUUUUUAAAGUGUCAUUAUAAUUGUUACUGAGGUAAGUCUAAUAUGCUCGAACAAGGCGCGACGGACAGGCGAUAGGAGCGAUUAAUUAAGAUCACCGUGACGAGAUAGGGAGAAUCGUUCGUCGUGCAUUCCAGAACAAAUACUCAUUGGAUGGCGCCCUGCCGUAAUUACGUAACUAUUGUACUCUGGGAGCGAAAGUGUGUAUAAGAGAGAGAGAGAGAGAGAGAGAGAGAGAGAGAGAGAGAGAGAGAGGCGGGGGAAGGGAGAGGGAGAGAGAGAGAGAGAGUGUGUGUGUGUAUGUGAGAGCGAUUGAGUGAGAGUGAGAGAAAUAGAGCAAGAAAUUGAUAGAGCCAGCGAAAUAUAAAAGAAGAAAUCGAGAGAUAGGCUGUGCAUGAUAUAGCGAUUGACGGUGUGAAAGGGGAAAGAAAAUGAUAGCGCGUGGAACAAGGAAUAUGGUGUGUACGGCGAGAUAGAGAGAAAUAGGGAGAGGGAGGGAGAGAAAGAGAGAGAAAGCCACGAAUGUGUGUGGGAUAUAUCUGCGCCGCGGUGAGAGCAGGAAACGGACGGAUGCACGCGAAGAACGAUAUGGAGAAAACAUAAGACGGAAGAUUAUAGAGCGUGGCUCGUGAGACAUUCAGCAAACGAGCGAUAUAAUCGCACUCGCAUCGCGAUUUCGAGAGAGAGAGAGAGGAGGGGAUAGAGCAUCCGACCUGUUAUUAUUACUUCGCUCGUGUUUUCUUCGCGGUCCUUAGUUUUCCUUUUUCCGUUUUACAUCUGUACAAUUGAGACGUAUUACGUUGUUGUAACGAGGAACUGCACCAUUUUUUAACAUGACUUUGGUACGUGCGCGCACACGCGCGUGCACGCAGGCACGCGCUUGCAAGCACACGAGGAGAAAGAAAGAGAGCAGAGAAAGAGAGAGAGAGAGAGAGAGAGAGAGAGAGAGAGAGAGAGAGAGAGAAAGAGAAAGCAAGGGAAAGAGAGAAAGACAGACAGACAGAGACAAAGAGAGACAGAGAGACGUUAACACACGAGACACAUGCAAAGGGACAUUUACACCGCGUAUACGUAUAUACGUACCAUGGAGCAUACGAAAUAAAAGUAUAUACAGUAAGUCGAAACAAGAUGUAAGUGAUAUAUUAAUCUAGACUAUAGAGAAUGCGUUUGUGUAAAUUCGGCGUUUAUUCGACAUGCUACUUCUCCAAUACAAGAGAGAAACACUUACGACGAAGCCUAAUCGUAAUUUUUAUGAUAAUCAUUAAAGUAUCGCCUAAUUACAAUUUACUACGAAGACAUGCACAAUUUACCACCCGGAAUGGUACCUUUUUCAAGUUUUUCAUACGAUGUUUCUACGUUUAUACGGAUCUCCAGAAGUAAAAGAAUAAUUAUUACGUACGAGAAGCUUUUUUUAUUAAGACCGUAGCGUAGAUCGUAAAGUUAAACGAGAGAGAAAGGGGAGAAAAAGGAAUACGCAUACACACGUGUGAGACACGCUCCGAUUUCUGGAGAAUAAUCAAGUGUCGAAAGAGGAAAAAGAGAGAGAGAGAGAGAGAGAGACAAAAGAAAAAGAGCGAGCAUGCUUGCUCACACGUGUUCAUAACCGGCAUUGAUUUCCAAGCGGUACGUGUUAUGAUAUUGAUAACGUGCGUAAAGGCGGGAAGUAAAAUUAAAAAGUUGUAUAGUAAAAAAAAACCACACUCACGAAAUAUCUGUCCGCAAUGAUCUUUACAACGAAAUUACAUCGUCUUCUUUGCGACGACGCGUUUUCGGCGACGAGAGCAUACUUCUUAUCGAAAUUUUUCGCGAGCGACGCGAGACUGAUAUCCGCGCUUACAACACCUAUUACAAUCGUCAUCGACACUCUGAGGCGCCAUCGAGGCAAACCUCGCUCGUUUAUUUAUUUUGCGCAGGAGACUACAAAAUUGUGAAUGAGACUUUUGGAUCGAAGCCGCCUCAGACGCGAAAGUACAGUCUCCAGUAUCUUCGAUCAGCAGUUAUAAUAGUAACUAUUCUACAUUUAUCUAUAACCUAUAAUAAACUGUGAAACAAGUGUA